AUGCUCGUACCUAUGCUCGUACCUAUGCUCGUGCCUGUGCUCUUACCUCUGCUCGUGCCUGUGCGCGUGCCUGUGCUCUUACCUCUGCUCGUGCCUGUGCGCGUGCCUGUGCUCGUACCUAUGCUCGUGCCUGUGCAACAGGCCACUUUUCCAGGAAAUCCUCGCCAAGACAGGUACUCUCAUCUGCUCCUGUGCUUGCACCCUCCCGCCCUCCCUUACUUGCAGUGUAUAAUGUUCAAGUGGACAGCACAGAGAAUUUUCGACACGCCAGUUGCCACAGGCAGGCACUAUGACCCGUGCUCUCUGUGUGCUCCCCCACCCGCCCUCACUAUGACUAUGUUUGCCUUUCCUGCUCCCUCCCCCUCCCCCCUCCAGUCACUAAUGGACAAGUGGACGGCGCAGAGAGUUCUCGCCAAGGCAGCUGCCACAGGAAGGCAUCACGACUUGUGCUCUCUGUGUGCUCCCCCACCCUCCCUCCUCGCCACCCCUCCCCCUUCAGUGGACAAGUGGACGGCACAGAGAGUUCUCGCCAAGGCGGUGCUACAGGCGGGUGCACUCAUUACUAACAACCUUAGCAGUGGUGCUGAGUGGAAAGGCACCAGGAGUAUUAAGGGGAGGUGGGAGGGGGAGAAGUGGAAGGAAGGGGAGGAGGGGGCGUUAGGGGCCAGAGCCAUCCCUUGGGGAGCGCUCCAGGCCAGAGCCAUCCCUUGGGGAGCGCUCCAGGCCAGAGCCAUCUCUUGGGGAGCGCUCCAGGCCAGAGCCAUCCCUUGGGGAGCGCUCCAGGCCAGAGCCAUCCCUUGGGGAGCGCUCCAGGCCAGAGCCAUCCCUUGGGGAGCGCUCCAGGCCAGAGCCAUCCCUUGGGGAGCGCUCCAGGCCAGAGCCAUCCCUUGGGGAGCGCUCCAGGCCAGAGCCUUCCCUUGGGGAGCGCUCCAGGCCAGAGCCAUCCCUUGGGGAGCGCUCCAGGCCAGAGCCAUCCCUUGGGGAGCGCUCCAGGCCAGAGCCAUCCCUUGGGGAGCGCUCCAGUCCAGUCCCCGCAAGAGUCCCCUUUUCCACUGGGAGGUUCCCCAAGGGAGGUCCCCUUUCUCAUGUGUCUCAGGUGCAGGUCUUGGUAGAUCAGCAAGUUGGAGGGUGGAGCUUGCAACGAGUCACAGCGGUGCUUACGGCCGCCACGGACGCCGUGAGCUCGCAACCAGUGCCACCUUGGACGACGAUACAGCACGAAGCUUCUUCACUGGAGCCGCGGGAAUCGCAUCACUCCUGCCUUCGAGCUGCUUCGCGCCAUUGGAACUCCUUCUUCGCACCUGCCUCUCAGCUGCUGCGGCUCCUGCGGGCCGCGGAAUCAACGUCGUCCCCUCCGCGCGGCUUUUCACGAUCGUUCUUUGA